GAAAUGUGACUGACCUCCUGGAGAGUUGCCCUGUAGCAGUGUGGUACACCCACCACCCUGUCGUCAUGUGCUGGGUGUUCAGUGAGGAGAGUCGGGCACAGCAACUGGGCCACACUCUGUUGGAGUACUGGCUGCCCCUGAUUGAUGUGAAGAGUCUGGAGACAACAUUGUACUCUACCACAGCACAGUGCAGUCACACAGGCCCACAGCACACUGUCCCAGAACAGCAGCAUCCUGACACAGAUCCUCAUCCAGCAGACACAGAACCACACCUCACAGACACAGAUCAUCAGCAGACGGACAUAGUACAACAUCAUUCCGAUUCAGAACAACAUCAUGCAGAUGCAGAGAAUUGGCAGAGAGGGGAUACAGAGAGACAGCAGCAAAAGGCUAUGGAGAGAGAUCAUGAGAUCACAGAUACAGACAAGAUGACGUCAGAGAUGGCGUAUCCUGACACAGACACACAGUUACUGGUGGAACUCGCACACAACUCGGCCUUCAUCCACACCCUAAUGACAGUGCUUGUGGCGCGGCAGGAGAUUGCAGCCAUUGCUGCGAAUGUUGCAGAGCAUUUGGCUUGCAUGCUGUGUGAGGAAGUGCCAGACAAGUCCGCUUCAGCCAGUCCCUCCACUGUCAGUGUGGUACUGGACACCUGUACCACUCUCUUCCAGCAACUGUUUCUGCAAGACUCGCUCCCACAAGACUACCAAGUGAUUAACAUGCUCAAGGUGAUGAUAAUUGUGAUGCGAGGCAGUGGCAGCAACACUUGCGAUGCUUUCAAUGUCAAGAGUGUCUAUCAUGUGGUGAAGUUUGUUGGAAGCCAGGAAGAUGACACUCAAAGUGAAAGUAUAAAAUGGUGCGUGGAAUACCUGCUGAGAUACACAGAUGACCGGAUUGUAGCUGAUUGUUUAUGCAUCGGUCCUAUCCUUGUCCAAAACAAAGGCUUCAUGAUGAAACUGGACAGAAUUUUGUCAGGCAGUUGCCAUACAGAGGUGGACUCAGUCAUGAGAUUGGUUUCCUGGCUAGCAGAUACAGCAGGGCCAGAAGGUGAGGUUCCCUACCAAAUCCAUGUGAGCCACAUCUUCUUGCUGGAUACUGUCACAACAGGCGAUGGAGCCACCCCUGCUGGAGUCCUCAGUCUGCUGUCUGCAGCCCUGUCUGUCCCCCCCAGCACACAGGGGCCUGUCGUGUUCAGUAGAGACAGACUUAUACAGGACACUCCUCUGUUCACUGCCGGGGACGUCAGGACUCUCUACUUCCAUCUCCAGCAGCUGGUGUGUCAGGAUUGCCAGGUUGUCUUCAACUUGGCACUAGAGUGUAUAUACAAGCUGUACAAAUAUGCUGCCACAGUGCACAAGGCUCUAGCAAGCCAGCUGUCCAGCCAUCCGUGGAACAAGCUGUGGCUGGAGACUGUGCUACAUGCCUCCUGGGACCUUGGUGGACUGAGCCGGGAGAUGCUGCAGCUUCUACAGAUGCUGAGUGACUUCCCCACAUGCCAGGAACUGAUAGCUGUGUCCGGGGAAACCUUUCUACAUGCAGUACUCAAGUCCCCUCUACAGGAACAUGAGGCUCAACGUGUCGCACACAUAUUAUCAAAGUGCAUGUUGGUGCUGAAGAAAACUGUGAAGCCUCACCUCCUCCAGCAGGUGGAGAACCACCUCGGUCAGCCAGUGAGGUAGUGGGUGUCGUCAGGGAAAGACUGACCCACAGAAGUAAUAGAAAUAGACACUUGG